CUGCAUCCUCGAUGCCUUGAAAUUUAUGCAUUUGUUCGUCAGACCUCUUACGUUGGCUCCGAUAUCAACCGACGACAGUGUGCUGCUAGUACCGCAUGCCCACUGUUCUCUCUUUCCCUCGAGCCGGGACAAGUGGAACUUGGGCUGGCGGGUGAUAAACAUCGCAAGGCUGCUCUUCGCUUAGCCGUACCGAAGCAGAGCAAAAUUCCGCUGUUAUUUGACUCGCCGGACAAGAUACAAAUGGGCGCCUGGAUCCGUGGCUUCAUCGAAGCAUUAGGAAUCAUUACCCCAGGCCCGGCGCAACAGUCUUCAAACGAGAUAUUUCCCUCGCCGGUUGGCGUACCAUGCAGACGUGAUGCGCCGAAUUCGGAGACCGCCGAAUACGCUGUUCCUGAACGUGUUGAUCCUAAUGUGCUCGGUGGAGGACCAAGUGCUUCUCUCGAUUCAGAAACAGAUAUUGUUGUUUUAGAUAACCUCAAUGACCUCUCUGCUGAUUUGGAUUCUAUUCAGCUGUACGAUGAAGUAUAUCCCAUGCAAUACGGCCGCCGUUCUACAAAAAAUCUGAACGCCUCUCCGCACAAAAGGCGUUGGAGUUCCCCUUUCGUUCAUUCCGCUCCUAUCUCGAGAUCAAAUGAUUGUCUGGAGCAGAACACUGGCUUUAUCGUUGGCAAUCACUCUAAUCGUUGGUGUGUUCCUCCUCCAAGUCGGCGUUUGUUAGCGCAACCUCUCCCUCCACUGCCCUCUGUAGGGCCCAGUGGUGCUGAGUCGAUGGCUGGCACAAUCGCAAGCAGUCACACGUCAUCCAAUCUCACGGCGGAUGAAAGCGUGCUGCAGCAAGAAGAGGCAGCUUCUGAGCCCGAGAUAAGCAUUCCGACUUGGUCAUCCACUCGGGCAAAAUGCCAUGUUCCACUGCGCAAACGUCGAACUUCAUGCUGUUCCCGCUCCCCUCGAUUAUCUCCCGACACCAAUCACCAGGUUCUCCCCAAUCUCCCUCGACGUCAUUCCAGUCUGAUCAGUUUAUAUUAUCAGCUACCCUACAACGAACCCAUGGUGGACGUGGCCUCUGGAAUUCCCGAUCCCAUCGGCCCACUUCCUGCGUCACGUGAUGAUUUGGAUGAAGUGGACACCGUGAACAUGUCGACAACAACGCACAAUCAUCACGCGUUGGGCCUCGACUUCGCAUCUUCCUCACAAAGUUACGACACAAGCACCACUUGCGCUGGUUUUCCUUCCGAUUUAUCUUUACCGUGCACUGAAGAUAUUUAUUCUACGGAUUGGCGCUUGCGUCCCCUACCAUCCUGGCCAGAAGACUCGCCUUGUGCAAAGCCUGUUAACGUUGCUUUGGCAGCUGCUGCGGCAAGAAGAAGCGUCUCUUGUAUUACAGGGACUAAACCUCGUAUCGCGAGUCUGGAGGAUCCUCGGAUUAUAUCCACUCUUCCGCCUCGCCACGAAUUAGAUUCGGCAUUCUCAAAUCACCUCGUUGACCCAGUUGCACAUCUGCUACCCGGUAUGGUCCCCAUCCGUCCCCGAAUAAAUUUGUUCCAUCGCACUGCACAGUCAUCACAUUCCUCCCAAACUACCACUUCUUCCGGUGCUGUAGCAAUGGCAUGCCCUUCAUCGUCUCCAAGAUCCGAGGGGACAACGCGACCUGCCUCCUCAACCAUUUCAUGGCCACCACCCGCUCCAGAAGUGGAGGAAUCUGAAGGCUACCACGUUGACUGGUACCUGAAACCACAUCCCGAGUCCAACGAAGCCACAUCACCUCCUGAUGCUUCAGAAUCUCUGGCGGUUGCAAGACAACCAUCAAAUCCCAUCAGUGUCAAUGGGCGUCAGUGUGAGACUGUGACUGAUGGUGUCACACAUUCCGGUGGUGAUGACUACUCACCCAUGAAUACUUCGCUCAUUUUGGUCGCCACUCAACUGGAAGAGGUUCAACAUGGUGCUCAGAAAUUGCGGUCUAGACGUGAGACCCUAUCUUUCCGGUUGUCCAAUCGACUCACAAAAGAGCGCAGUGACAAAAGUGAGACCAGCCCACGGCCAGUUAGUACUGAAAAAACGGUGGUCGGCGAUGACGCGUCGCAUGCCGGAAUCUGCAGCCAGCGUGAUACGGCGCGCGAAGAUGAUGGGACUGAGGAAGCCACGGCGAGUCUGUACGCUCGUUUGGCCGCGAUUGAGAUGCUUAUUAGUCAAGCAGCAUCCAUGGAAGCUCGUCUAAGAGAUGAAAUGAUCCGGUACCUGCCAAAUGGGUCAUCUGCACCGGAUCCCGCGUUCAGCACCGGCCUUCAGUUGUUGUAG